AUGUUAUUUUGGUUACAGGUAGUUUUUUGUUCAACUCCAAUAUUAGAUUUUAAUUUUUUAGUAGAUCUAGAAAAUUCAUCAAACUACUUAAAAGCAUUUGAAAACAAAGGAUUAUGUGAAAAUGAAGAGAUACAACGAAAGACUCAAGAAAUGACUAAAACAGAAAAUAAAUAUUUAGAUGAAAAUCCAUUUGAUUCUAAUUUGCUAAAUGAUUUGGCAGAUUUUAUAGAAGAAAAUCUUAAUAGUAUGUAUAAAAAUGUUGAUUAUGAGUUAUGUGAUUCUUUGUCAUCAACCACUGCAGAGAACAGUUUGGUGCCACCUAGUUGCACAAGAAGUACACUUAUUACUAAUGUAUGUAAAAACCAAUGUUGUGCGUUACAAGAAUCAAGAAAUGACGCAGCAAGUCUUAAAGUUCCAAACAGUAAUGAAAAUGAUACAGCAGAACACUCUUACGUUAAUACAUCUUGGAAUGAUGAUACUAAUUUAUUAUUACAAAAAAAUCAAAAUGAUUUAAUGCAAGAUCAAUAUGCUAACUCGGAAAGUAACACUUUUUUACAAAAAAAUAGUAAUGUUUUGAUUUCAUCAAGUCAACAAACUUACAACGUCGGGAAUAAUAGUAUAAAUUUACCAAGUGCUGUUCAAACAGAUGCUUUAUUUAAUGUUGAUAUUUUAUCUACGAUUAAUAACCCUGAAAGUGGUUAUUCUUUUAAUAAUGCUUACAGAAAUGAUAUUGACGUAAAAAAUAAAGGGAAAAGACCGAAAACUAACAAAGUAUCUAAUAUACAAACAAAUGGUAAUGAAAAGGCUUUGAAAUCUAAUAAAAAAAUAAAGACUAGUAAAGCAACUCUAAAAAGUCGAUUUACAGCUAACGAGCGCGAACUUUAUAAAAAAUACAAGGAAUCCGAAAAAAAAUUUAGAAAUUUUUAUAAACGUAAAAUCAAAGAUCGAAUGCCGCAAUUUAUUAAGAAACUUGAAAUAUCUAAUCUUUCCGAUGAGUUGAAACAACGAUCAAUUUUUGCUCUAAAAAAUCUUUUAAGUUUUUUAGAUACUAUAAAUGCAAUUUAUAUUAAUACGUGGAAAACUAAAAAAAAGGAAGAUUUUUUAAACUCAUUAAAUCUAGCAUGUUAUCAAUUUAGCAAGUAUGCAGACGUGUAUCAAAAACUUUUAAUUUUUAAGUUGAUUUGUAAUAAUUUACAUAAGGUUAAUGAUAGCGAUUUUUGUAAUUUUUCUAGCUGUGAUUUUUAUGAAAUUUUUCAGUUUCUAUUUUCUGUUGACAAAAGAGUCAAUUCAUUUUAUAGUAGACUAAAAAAAUUAAGGGAUGAUUUUAAAAAAAAUGAUCAACAUUAA